UUGGCGUGGGGGAGAUGAGCAAUUUGUAACACGUCAUCUAGAUAAUUCGUCCAUAUUUCGUGACAAUCUACAAAGCUACAUACUCGUCGGUAUUUGGAUUACUAUUAAGCUUGAUCACCCAAAAAUAUUUAGGCCACGGCAGAGAAUUGUCUGGUUAUACCCGGAAACAACCCUUGCACCUUGGACAACAACCCAAAACACGCUCGCUGUUGUUGGUGGUGAAUCGGGGUUACGUCAUUUCACCAGUUAGGAUAUUUAGCCAGAAUGCCCGUCGUAAACGAUGUAAUGUUUGGCCGUAUGCCGUUGCCAAGUUUACGGACCUAUUCAUUAAUCAGCGUUCUCAUGGUUUCUUUAUCAUUGUGGUAUUCCCACCAAGUCGUUUUGGACCGAAGAGUGAACGAAGCAUUACAAAAUAUUAUUGCGGACGCAGAAAAAAGGACACAGUUGGAUAUAAACGAAGUGGUAAACACCGCGAAUGAAAAAUCGAGCAUUGACGAGGAAGGGUUGGUUGGUGAAUAUAGAUUUGAUGCAUCAAAUUUUAUAAAUAAAUCCGACGACGACGGUGGCGGUGUCGGUGGUGAUCGUAGUAGUGGCGUUAAUGAUGUACAAUGGGAUGAACAGAAUGAGUUAACAGGUCCGACAACUGAGCAAAUUAUAAAACAGUUUGUCGCACAGUGGGAUGUUGUAAAUGGGGAAACAGAUAGUGAUGGAAAUGAUGACAAUGAAAUAAAAGACGAGACUGAUGAAGAUGUCGCUGUCGAGAUUGAUGUUGGCGAGGUUGUUGUUGAAUUGGAACCAAGAAGCCAUUUGGCUCAAAUGAUUGAUGUUAUGAUGGACGAAGCGUGGUGUGUAUGGUCAAUCAUCAACAUGGCAUAUUGUUGCCUUAUAUUAUUGGCCAAGCUAAUACAACAUGUAGUGUUUGGACAGUUAAGAGUCAGUGAGAGACAGCAUCUAAAGGACAGAUUCUGGAACUUUGUGUUCCACAAAUUUAUCUUCAUUUUUGGUGUUAUGAACGUGCAAACAAUGGAAGAGAUAUUUGUCUGGUCCACCUGGUUCUCCAUCUUGGGUUUUCUACAUCUACUGGCUCAGAUGAGUAAAGACAGAUUUGAAUACUUAUCGUUCUCACCAACAACCCCAAGAUGGACCCACGCAAGAGUUUUAUCGUUGUUAUGUUUCAUACUACUUACAUGUACAGGACUGAUGGGUGUCAGUGUUGCCAUCGGAUUUCAACUUGGCCUUCACAUCUUUGCUUUCAUGACUGCCGAGUGCAUUUUACUUACGCUGAAAACACUCCAUGUGAUUUUAAGAUACGCAAUGCAUUUGUAUGAUUUGAACCAUGACGGUCUAUGGGAAAAUCGUGGCAUGUAUAAUUACUAUGCUGAACUCAGUAUGGAGCUGUCUGCAUUGUGCGUUGACAUGUGUCAUCAUUUGCAUAUGUUGUUGUGGGCGAAUAUAUUCCUGAGCAUGGCCAGUCUAGUUAUAUGUAUGCAGUUACGUUUCCUCUACAAUGAAAUACAGCGGAGAAUUAAAAAACAUCGGAAUUACAGACGAGUUGUCAGUAACAUGGAAGCCAGAUUCUCCCCUGCCAGUGCCGAAGAGCUUGCCGCCAAUGACGAUGACUGUGCUAUUUGCUGGGACAGAAUGGCCUCUGCCAGAAAACUUCCAUGUGGUCAUCUUUUCCACAAUUCUUGUCUGAGAUCCUGGUUAGAACAUGACACGUCAUGUCCCACAUGUCGUACGUCAUUAAACGUGUUCCCUGGAGGUUCGCUGCCAGACUCGGAUGAUGAGGUAGAAAGACCCACUGUCAGACCGCCAGCACCACGUCCUAGGGUUAUUGUCGGUAAUCGACAACCUGUCCUGCUAAGAGGUCGUCGAAUGAACCGAAGAAAUCAUAUUUUCCAUUUUGACGGUUCUAGGAUUGCCAGCUGGAUGCCUAGUUUUUCUGUGCAGGUUACCCAUACCCAAAUGUUGGGACCACAGAUGAGAGUCGUUAAUUCGCAGUUAGAUAAUAUGGUUCACCAAGUACAUACAAUGUUCCCACAUGUUCCAAUCAAUGUCAUUCAAAAUGAUAUCAGAAUUACGAGAUCUGUUGAACUGACGGUGGAUAACAUUCUAGAAGGAAGAGUAGAGGUACCCCCUAUACCGACUGGUGACUUCACAGCUGACGGAGCACCACCGCCACCAUCACCAUCGACAACACCAUCACCGCCUUCAUCACCAUCGGCAACACCAUCACCGCCAUCGUCACCAUCAGCAACACCAUCACCGCCAGCGUCACCAUCGGCAACACCAUCAUCACCACCCCCGCCACCCCCAUCUGAAGAACAACCCCCAGAGCCAAAUGGUACAUCAAAUAUGUCUUUAUUCAGUGAAGUAAACCCCCCAACUACUUCAAUGGCAACAUCCACUCGUACAGAUGUAGAAAAAAUUGAAGAAUAUAGUCAGUGUGAUAGUAGUGGUAGUGUGAGCGAAGGAGCCACUGCAUCAGACGAUGUGACUAGUUCUUCUAUUGGUGGUGUAGAGGCUGUGAGUAGUCGGUUUAGUAAAUCACCAGUUGAAAGAGAAUCUAUAUUUGCAGACAGAAAAAAAACUCUUCUUUAUCAAGCUAGGAGGAGAUUUAUUGCCAAAGAAGAAAGAGAUGUGGCCAGCAAAGACGCUGGUGAAAAAAAAAAUCAUAAUCAUCAUCCGUUUAAACAAGAAGUCGAUCACACUGAGCCAACAAACACCUCAAAUGAAGAUGUGAAACCAAACCUGAAUGAAGGCAGUUCUAGCAGAGACAGAAAACGUGCCUUAGCGUUGGAAGCGGCCCAGCGUCGACUGAACAGCCAAAAUGUUACUCACCCUCAUGAUGAAUAAUAUUAACAAACUAUGAAUAAUUGUGUUGUGACAGUACACAAAUGUGUACAGUUAUAAAUUAAAAAAAAUAUGUGAGAAUAUUUCUAUUUUUCUUCCAAGAUGAUUGCUUGAAGCACAAUCAAGGAAAACUAAUCUUAUCUAUUCAUAUCAACGCAGCACGUGUACUUGAAUCUAGUUUUUAUGACAGACGAAUGACACCAGUAGCAUAUUUCUCUAUUAUGAUAGAGAAAGUCUGUAUAUUGAAACUGACUGCAACUGACAUUGUUUUAUUGUAUUUUCUGUUUUAAAUGUAAAGCUUGCAUUGCUGUAGUUAAUGUAACAAGCCUGCUUCAAUUAAAUUAUGUUAAAUCGCCUUCAAAACGAAAAAUUUGUGCCAUCUACUGCAAGAAGGCAAAAGGACGGUAGCCAUUAUGAUUGUGUGUAUUUAAAGUGGGUCCUAUACUACACCUGGCUACAUAUACACAUUUAAGUCAAUGUGUUAUAUAUUUACACAAAAUUUAAUCGCAUUUGAAUGUACACGGCCGUGACAAUCUCCACCUUUUAACGACCUCAUGUUGUACAUCAAGAAAUUAUUAAACAUAUUACAUGUUGCAUGUUUACUUUUUAUGAUACUAGUAUAGUAUCUGUGUGUGUGUCAACACGGACUAUAUAUGGCGCCCCCUAUAGGCCACUUUGUAGUUUUUUGAGUGAUUUUAACCCUUUCACAAAAUCAUACCACGUAAUUGGUUUGUUUGUUUUUCGAACUUUUGUUUCAUGAAAUAUUAUUAAGACCUGUCAGGGUUAUUAGGGGAUUUAGUUCAUUACUCCAAAAUCAAAAAAGAAAUGUAGAAAUAUUUGUACCAAAAUGUUUAGUUAUGGUCUUGAAAGAAACUUAAGCAAUAACCAUUCGCUGAAGGUGGGUAUACCAUUGAGUUAUUGCAUUGAGUUAUAUAUGGGUGAAUUGUGCAAUUUUGACCGAGUUAUUGCUAUUAUAUUAUAUCAACAUUAUUUUCCAGUAGUUUUUAACAAAGGAAACAAAAAUAAAAAGGGGUCAGUACACUUGCUUCCCAAAGUACACUUGCUUCCCAAAGUCGCAAGAUUGACGCUUGACAGCUAGCCUGUUUUUCUCUGUCAGACUUAAAACAAUUUUUAGAAUAAUACUUCUCUCACAAGUUACAAUUUUAUACAAUUUUGAAAAUUAUACUUUCUUAACUCUGAAAGUCAAAGUCACAAAAUAAUACCAACAUUUUAUUUUUUAAAAAUUUUGAUCAAGAUCUGAAUUUAAUAGAAAAUUGUAUCUACUGGUACAUAGAAUUGAUCCAAAAAAAAUAAAAAAAUUCAUAAAAAUGAUGCACCAAA